CCGGCGCUACAUGCAGUUCCAGCGGGGUGGUAAGGAUAUAAAAGUUUCAGUGGGACAAAUGGGGUUUUAAUUCUGGCGCCAGACACAACGGUGUGAGGAAACGGUACAUCAGAGAGAAAACGUUGCGGACGAUGACAGCGAACGAGGAUCAAGAGAUGGAGCUGGAGGCCCUCCGCUCCAUAUAUGAAGGAGAUGAGUGUUUCAAGGAAGUCAGUCCAAUUUCUUUUCAAUUUCGGAUAGGGGACUUGGAGGACACCAAAUCGUUCCUGCUGGAUGUCACGUGGCCGGAGACAUAUCCUGAGACUGCUCCAGAAAUUUCCAUGGAUGCCUUUUUUAACAACAAGAUCUCCGUAGAAAACAAGCAGCUGAUCCUCUCAAAAAUGGAGGAGCAGGUGGAAGCCAAUCUAGGCACAGCCAUGAUGUACACAUUGUUUGAGUGGGCCAAGGAGAACCAGGAGACCCUGAUGGAGAACCACAAGCCUGUAGUGUCUGCUGUGACUCUGGCCUGCAGCGACGUGACAGCCUCCCCGCAAAAGGACAAGAAGGUGAAGAAGGAGCAGCUGACAAAAGCGCAGAAGAGAAAGAUGAUCAGCAGAGCAGAUAACAAAGGAGAACUUCCCAGAGGCUGGAACUGGACUGAUGUGAUCAAAGUAGGUGAAAUGUAUCUUUCCUCCAGCAUUUUUCAAAAGCCUUUGCUGACAAUCUGUUUCUGUCUUCCCUUGUUGGUGCGGUGCUACAUCAAUGCAGCACUUAAGUAAAACUGGAGGAAAAGACGACGAGUAGAAAUUAGGCUGCUCUUUUCAGCUGAUGUGAAGACUUUGCUCUGUCCGGAUGACAAAGCCUUCACCAACAUCCACUUACCUGGAGAAGCAAAGCAGACUGGGAGAACGCUCCUCAGGAUGGCCCUCCUCUAACCACAGCCACCAGCAGGAACAAGUCAAGAGUGCCAUGUCAUUUCUUAACAAGUCCGCACUCAGAUUUCUACACUGCGAGUCGGGACGCCCUGCUGUCACUGCCGUCUUUCCUGCGUGAGUUCUGGAGCCUUAAAUGUUGGACUGCAGUGUCAUGUAUGUUUGCUGUUACUCCGGUCACAUGGCAUUGUAAAGGAAAGAAAAAAUUUUAAUAAUUUUCAAAUGACUUCCAUUUUCUUUUUGACAAAGAUGGACUUUUAUUUGUAAAUAAAUAGA